AGGAGCAACCCUCUUUGUCCUUCGAAGGCUUUUUAAAAGUGGCGGAUUAUUGCCGCAAGACCAUCCCAAAGGAAAAUCGGAAAUUUGCACAUUUCAAUCUGCAGGAGAUUGAGCAGCUGAGAACCUCCUUCAAUUCUCAAGACACUGACAAGAAGGGUUGGAUCCCCAUGGGCUCCUUCUUGUGGCUGCUGAACGACACCGACAUGCAAGUGAACACCGUCAACGGCCGUGCCCGCACGUACGAGCAAUUGCAACGAGCGCGAGAGGCCGCCUUGGAGGCGAGUGUUCCCAUGUCUGAGGUUGGUAGCGGCAGCCAAGUUCGCUUCCUACCUGUGGUGCAUUUCGUCUAUGAGUCCGUGAAGAACCACAACGACGCGGUCUUUCAUCGGGAAGACGAAGCCUUGAAGGCCGUGGAGUUUUCAAGCGAAGAGGUGGGUCAAUUCCGAGAGCUCUUUGGCGCACUCGUCCAACAGCAUAAGGAGGAAUUGCAGGCGGCUUCUGACAAAGCCAACGAAGCGCCCAAAGUGGGACGACGGCUCUCGGCCGUUCAAGCCGCGCAGGUCUUGGCAGAGGCAGAAGAAAACAUGCGGCUCCAAAAAGAAAGGGAGCUCACCUUGGGAAACGUCAUCCGCAAACUCACCAGCGUGGAUCGAGUUCCAGGCACUGAAGUGGUGAAGAUGAUGGCGAUGAUGGGCGUGAAGAUCUCUGCGCCCUUGCGUCAAGAAUUGAUGGAAAGGACGGCGCAGUUCUCGGAUGUCCCAGAGGACGGACUCGACUUCCCCGGCUUUUUGCAGUUGAUGAACUGGAUGGUUCGCAGCAACUUUGGCAACAUCAACGGCGCAGCAGAGAAGACUGUGAAGUCGAAGGGGCUUAUGGACAAGAGCGGCCGCCUUCAGGCGGGCUUGGUCUUUGGCAAGUUUGGACACAUGGACACCGUGGCGGUUCGCACCAGGCGAACCUUGAACCAAGACAUCCCCAUUGACUUGGACAUGGAAUAACCCGCAGCCCCGCAGCCCCGCAGCCCCGCAGCGCGCGGAGCGAUUGGAUGUGGAUGUGCUGCGGAGCUGCACCGUAGCUUUUUUAGGAGCGAGAUCUCACAGAUGGUCAACUAGAUGGUGGG